AUGAUCUGUGCAAGUAAGCUCCUUUGCCUCAGUCCCCCAUCCUUUAUUUUCUUCAAAACCCUAGCUACCCGAUCCGUCUUCCCGUGCGCUAAUUCGUCUUCCGUUGCCUCUACGUUUGGGCCUGAAGUCUCCGGCGAGGUGCCGGAUGAGCCGGUGGUAUCAAAGAGGUCGGGGCUCCUCUUUGAGCGGCGGCUCAUCGAGCGCUACAUUGAGGACCAUGGAAAGUGUCCAGUUACGAAGGAGGAACUCUCCAUGGACGACAUCGUGCUGGUGAAGACCAACAAGGUCGUGAGGCCCAGGCCUCUGCAGGCUGCAAGCAUUCCCGGACUCCUUGGAAUCUUUCAAAACGAGUGGGAUGCUCUUAUGCUUUCUAAUUUUGCUUUGGAGCAGCAGCUUCACACAGCAAGACAAGAACUUAGUCAUGCGUUAUACCAGCAUGAUGCUGCCUGCCGUGUUAUAGCCAGAUUAAAGAAGGAAAGAGAUGAGUCUAGAGCACUUUUGGCUCUAGCUGAGAGACAGAUUCCAGCGUCGAUGGCGGGAGUUGCACCUGCAGCUGUCGUCUCCAAUGGAAAAAGAGCAAUGGAGGAUGAAAUUGGCCCUGAUGGGAAGAAGAUACGCCCUGGUAUCAAUCCUGUCAUGAUCGAUGAACUAACAGAGUGUAAUACCAUGCUUUCUGCCCAGCGUAAGAAACGACAGUUUGAAUGUGAAGAAUUGCGGAACAUUUUGGAUCUGAAACAACAAAGUUACUUGCUUCAGACACAACGAAUCAGGAAACUGAUUGGAGGAUUUGAGGAGGAUGUUGGCAUCAACAUCAGACAGCCUGAUUGUGAGAGGAAGAUGGAGGAAGAGAAAAAGUGUGUACCACCAAGUUUGGCAUCAAUUGAUGAACUGGAGAGAUAUACUCAGAUCUCUAGCCAUCCACUCCACAAGACAAACAAGCCGGGCAUUUUGUCUAUGGAUAUCCAUCCGUCAAAGGACAUAGUUGCAACUGGGGGUAUUGAUACGAAUGCAGUGCUAUUUGAUAGGACAUCUGGUCAAAUCCUUUGUACACUUGCUGGUCACUCCAAGAAGAUAACCACUUUGAAAUUUGUUCCACGGGAUGAGCUUGUGGUAACUGGAUCAGCAGAUAAGACUGUUCGGAUUUGGCAAGGGGGUGAGGAGGGAAACUACAGUUGCAUCCAUACUUUGAAAGAUCAUACCGCCGAGGUCGAAGCUGUUACUGUGCAUGCGACUCAGAAGUACUUUGUGACCGCGGCCAAGGAUAAUACUUGGUGCUUCUAUGAUAUUUCAACUGGGUCUUGCCUCUCACAGGUUGGCGAGGCUUCAGGACAAGAGGGAUAUACAUCUGCGUCUUUCCACCCAGAUGGUCUUAUCCUUGGAACAGGAACUACUGAAGCUGUUGUCAAAAUUUGGGACGUGAAAACUCAGUCCAAUGUUGCAAAGUUUGAGGGGCAUGCUGGACCUGUCACUGCUAUGUCCUUCUCUGAAAAUGGUUACUUCCUGGCGACUGCUGCUCUUGAUGGUGUCAAGCUUUGGGAUCUAAGGAAAUUGAGAAAUUUUAGGACUUUCUCGCCAUAUGAUUCGGAUACGCCGACAAAUUCUGUGGAAUUUGAUUUUAGCGGUACCUAUCUUGCUGUUGCUGGUUCAGAUAUAAGGGUUUACCAAGUAGCCAAUGUCAAGACGGAAUGGAAUCUUAUCAAGACCUUGCCAGAUUUGUCAGGAACAGGGAAAGUGACCUCUGCAAAGUUUGGCACUGAUGCCAAAUAUAUCGCCGUCGGCUCUAUGGACCGUAACCUGAGGAUAUUUGGGCUUCCUGGAGAUGAUCAAAUGGAUGAUGAUGCAAAACCAUCGGCAGAGUGA